UGGCCCAGGCGCAAGCUCUGCCCUGCCUGCCCCUCGGAGACCGCUCCCCUAUAAAAGGGCUGAGCAGCUCAGCUCCUCUCACCGGGGGUGUGAAGAGCGGGGGACCAUGGACUUCAUCAGCAUUCAGCAGUUGGUAAGUGGAGAGAGAGUCGAAAAGAAAGUGUUUGGAUGUGGACGUGGAGUUCCUGAUCCUGGAGGCUGGCCUAGUGACUGGAGGCUGGGACCCCAAGAAGCUGUGGCCCGGGAGAGGUGGAAACUGGAAGAAGAGAAGAAGAAGAAACUUGAAAGAUUUAACAGCUCCAGACUUAAUCUGGAGAAUCUGGCUGACUUGGAAAACUUGGUUCAAAGACGAAGAGAAAAGCGACUGAAACGCCGAGUCCCCCCCAAGGCACCUGAGCCGGAGGUUAAGGCACAGCCCCAGGCCCGGCUGGAGCCUGUGGACCUGGAGAAGUUCCUGAAGGCGGCUGCUGAGAACCAGGAGGCCCUGAUUGACAAGUACCUGACAGACGGAGGGGACCCCAAUGCCCAUGACAAGCUCCACCGCACGGCCUUGCACUGGGCCUGUCUGAAGGGCCACAGCCAGCUUGUGAACAAGCUGUUGGAGGCGGGCGCCACUGUGGAUGCUCGGGACCUGCUGGAGAGGACACCCGUGUUCUGGGCCUGCCGUGGAGGGCACCUGGACAUCCUCAAACUGCUGCUUAACAAGGGAGCACAGGUCAACGCCCAGGACAAGAUCCGGAGCACCCCCCUGCACGUGGCCGUGCGCACAGGGCACUCUGACUGCCUGGAGCACCUCAUCGCGUGCGGAGCCCACAUCAACGCACAGGACAAGGAAGGGGACACAGGUCUACACGAGGCCGUGCGGCAUGGCCACCACAAAGCCAUGAAGGUGCUGCUGCUCUACGGAGCCAAGCUGGGCGUGCAGAACGAGGCGUCCAUGACCCCAGUGCAGCUGGCGCGAGACUGGCAGCGGAGCAUCCGGGAAGCACUCGAGGCCCAUGUUGGGCACCCCCGGAGCCGGUGCUGACGAUGGCAACAGACCUGCGGGUCACUCCAGCCACCAUUCCAUCCCCUUCCCCUCCCAUCCUCACGCCACCCAAACACCUGUACCCCUGUGUGGUUCUUACCGCUUGGUCCCAAUCCCUCUCUCAGGGCGGCUUCCUCAGUCCUCCAGGGCAGCCCUGUCAGGACCGAGGAGCAGCACCGACUCCAGCAGGCAGAACAAGGAGGCCUCCCUGGCUUCAGGUCUCAGGGAUGGCCCGUUCCCUGCCUGGGUACACGCUGGGAGGGGCUGGCACAGAGGACCAUGGGUACGGAAACAAACAAAGUGGGUCCACACGGGAGACCAUGAAAGAGAGUGGGAGCCCAGGACAGAACACAAAAUGAAGAGUCCUCAGCCUCGAGUACCCAGGGCUGGGUGCUCGGCCCCUCGGUGUCCACUGACCCUCAGUCUAGACUGAUUAUGUCCCUGCCCUCCACAAGGGCCAGCCUCCCAUCAGGUGGUGAUUCAGCACAUGGCCAGCAGCCACCAUCCAGGUCACAAAGAUGUCAGGCACUUCUGCAGCUGCCCAAGGCCCUUGGCUAGGGGUUGUUCCAGGGGACUCCAUUCCUAUCAGCAGCAACCCUGAUAGUGUCUGGAGCGGCUCUAGGCAACUUUGGUCUUGGGGCCUCUGGAGUUGGGCCCGACAGGCUGGAGGGGGUUAUUCAGCAGGUUUGAGGCCCCACUGCAGCAGAAGUCCAGGACCAACCUGGUUGCCCCAGAGGCCCCAAGACUGAUGAGCUGGAGCUAGUAUUUACAUUAGACAAACCUCAUGCCCACCGUCCAAAGGCUUCGGUCAGGCCUGCCUGCCACAUGCCAGUUGCCAGCUGGUGGCUCUCCGUGUAGGGUGAAGUGCCAGGGUGCGGGGGAUUGCUUGUGGCCCACCCAGCUUUUGGGGCGGUGGCCCGUAACUCUCCUGUGCCUCAGGCGCUGACGCUGCCCUGGUACUGGAGCUCUUGCCUGGACUCUGCGGCUGCACCGGCCGUUUUAUCCUACCUGAGGGAGGACACCGAGGAGCUCGGAACUCAGCCCACGAGGGGAAGCAGAGCGAGGAGCACACCUCCUCCUUUUCCGUCUCCUCAUCGGGAGUAGGCUUAGGACCCGACUUUACUCAAGCUCUCCUAGAGGCUCCUUCCUCUCUGUCCUUGCUGUUUCAAGUUGCACUGGUGCAGACCUGUGCUACCGGUGGGGCUGGGUCCUUAAAUGCCAGAAGGUGAAUCUUUAAAGAACUCUGCCCUAAACUGGGAGCCACAGGCCGAGGGAUGGGCCACAAGACGAAGGUUAGCCUCCCUCGCACAUCAGCUUCCUGGGCUGACAUCCAUUUUGCAGCAGUUAUUUUUAGUCUAACUUCUCAGGCCAGAACACGGCAGUUCUUACCGUGUAAAAAGCUGACGAGAGCCCCACACUAGGGGCCACUCACCUUUCCUUCACGUGGGCAGCUCCUGCCCUGUGGUGACAGAGCCAGUGUUCGCUGGACACUGAGGCCAUGGGAGAAACAGGUACUCAAGUUCAUGGAGAAGACGACUCCCCAUACAGAAAAUGGGGACACUUAAGCAACUGACAAAAAUACCUUUUUAUAUGCAUCAAUAUUUUUUUGUUCAUUAAAAUUGGUUGACUAUCCA